AUGGCCAUCAAGACGCAAACAAGAGAUACCAAAGAGACACCCCCAACAUCAGUCUUUGUGACACCUGAUAGAUCUGGUUCAAUUGCUAUCGACGCGCCUAAACAGAUGGGCGUUUUUACGGGGGGACAAGUUUGGCUGAAUCCUGUUCUGAUGCGCAAAGAUAUUACACUGGCCCAUGUCCACUUUGAACCUUGUGCACGAACAAACUGGCACAAACAUGAAGGCGGCCAAUUACUCAGGGUGACUUCAGGUUCUGGAUGGAUUUGUGAUCAAGGUGCAAAACCUAGACGAAUCACCGUCGGAGACAUAAUAUGGUCUCCUCCAGGUUGCAUCCACUGGCACGGUGCGGACAAUGGCAGCUUUAUGACUCACGAAGCCACUUCGUUUGGAGGGCUGGAUUGGUAUGAUCCUGUGAGCGAGGACGAGUAUUCUGCGAAGAACUGA